UCGUCGUCGUCGUCUCUCUCUCUCCCCAUCCUCUGUCCUCUUCCUGGUGCCUCCCCUCAUUCCCUCCUCGCAACUUGGCGAUUCCCAAAUCCCGAUGCGUCCUCGCGACUAGCAAUCCCGCGUCCGCCUCGGCGCCCCCUCCACCACCGCCCGCCUCCUCCACUCACCACUCACCUCUGCCCCCCUUCCGCUGGGCUCGCCGCCGCCGCCGCCUCCUCCCAUGACGUCCCCGUCCUCGCACCACCCGGAUUCCUCCUCGGCGUCCUCCACCCCGCGCGCCGGUGCCGGCAACACCCACCUCCAUCCGCCGCCUCUCCCGCCGGCCCCCGCGCCCACCUCCGCCGCUCCUCCCGCGCAGGCGCACGGGGGCCUGCAGGUGCGCCUCAUGUGCAGCUUCGGCGGCCGCAUCCUGCCGCGCCCGGGGGACCGCCAGCUGCGCUACGUCGGCGGGGAGACCCGCAUCGUCUCCUUCCCGCGGGCCGCGGCCUCCUUCGCCACCCUCGUCGCCGCGCUCGCCAAGGUCGCCCCGGCCCUCUUCGCCCCGGGGGUGCCUCGCCCGUCGCUCAAGUACCAGUUGCCCCAGGACGACCUCGACUCGCUCAUCUCCGUCAGCUCCGACGACGACGUCGACCAUCUCAUGGACGAGCUCGACCGCCUUCACGACGAGGCCGCGGUCGCCGCCAGGCCGCUCCGCCUCCGCGUCUUCCUCUUCGCGCCCGCGCCCGAUGCCGCCUUCGGCUCCAUCCUCUCGGGCACAGCCGGCGAUGCCGCCUCCACCGACCAGUGGUUCGUCGACGCGCUCAACGCCCCCGCACCGCACCCCAUCGAGCGCGGCCGAUCCGAGGCGUCGUCGAUCAUCUCCGAAGUCCCCGACUACCUCUUCGGCCUCGACACCGCGUCUGACGAGCCCAGCCCCGGCCCCGCGGCCUCCCGCAACAAGUCCGACGCCGCUGAGACUCCACGCCAACACGGCGACGAAGACGAAGCAUCGGUUCCCGCGCGCCAGGCGCCGUACGUCGCGGAGGGAGCAUCGUCAUGGCCCGCCCCGCCUCCGCCGUACAUGGCGCAGCCCGUGUACUACUUCCCCCUCCCGCCGCCGGUCCACUACCUCGACCCGUCUGCGCAGGGCGGCUACAUGCCUCGCCCGGUCUACCACAUGGUCGGUGGCGGAGGAAGCGAGGUACCAGGUGGAGAUCUCCACGCGGCCGGCGGCGUCUACGGCGUCCCACACCCCAUGCAGGCGUUCCCGCCGAUGAUGUACGCGCCGCCGCCCGCGGUCAUCUACACGGCGGAGGGGCAGCCGUUGCCGCCUCCUGAAGAUGCCUAGGCUUAAGGAUCUUUGCAUUGCUGCGCCAGUGGUCAAUUUUAUUAUUCGUCAGGUUCUUGCUGCUUGGUGUAUAGUUGAGGGAGGUGGACGAUGGAUGGAUAUUGCAAUUUUCGUCGAGUGGACAUAUAUAUAUCCGUAAAAUAUAGUUAUAUAGUGUAGUAUUCUGUGUGAUUAGUACCCAAGCUAAUGUAAUGUGGAUUCAUAUAUUCUGGUUCUGGAUGACAAAUUUUGGGCAUUUUAUCUCAUAAAACUGGAGGUUGGGUGAAUGUUCUCAGCAAUAUGUCCUGUAAAAUGUUCAUUUAUGAGAUUCGGAUGUUACAUGUGGAGCCUUAAUUUCUGUUCUGAUGAGUGGUUUGCUGAGUUGCAGACAGCUGACUU